GGGGGUCCUGCGCCCCGGCCUCGUCCCUCGUCCCCUGGGUGGGGCUGUACCUGCGGCCUCAGCCCCUCCGGACUUCCAGGUGCCCUGUGCGGUCAGUUCAUGCCUGUUCAUGCCUGUUCCCGUGUCAGCUCCCCAGGGGGCCUUAUUGAGACCCAGGGGCCGGUGGGAGCUCCUGCUACCUGCUUUUCUGUGCUCUUCGCCUUCGCCAUCUGUGAUUUGCUGUCGCGGGUGGUUUUGGUCCGUGUCAGAUCCCUACCCGAGAGUCAAGGUGCACCGGGGUGCAGCGCACAGCGUGCGAUGUCCACCGGUGGUUCUGGGGGUACAAGAGUGAUGGCUUCUGGGGGACAAUGCCCCGAAGAAAGGGCCGACCUGGAGCCGGGGGCAAGACCGCUGGGCCUGUCGUGCGUGGGCUGGGGAGGGUUAGGAUCAGGGUUCGAAGGGAAGCCCUCACGUUGAGCUGGAAGACUGAGUGGGAGUGAGCACGGACGGAAAGCAGUUGGAAACGGCCCUUGAAGCGCCCGAGCAGUUCCUCUGCAAAUGUUUGCCAUGCUUAUCCCAGGAAGAAAGCACAUCUACAAGGCGGCCUAGUGUGUCUGCCCUUUGCCGCUGUCACCUUGUGAGCGCCGGGGAUUCAAGAUGGCAGAUCCCUGGCAGGAAUGCAUGGACUAUGCAGUCACCCUCGCCAGGCGAGCUGGAGAGGUGGUUCGUGAAGCUCUGAAAAAUGAAAUGAAUGUUAUGAUCAAAAGUUCUCCAGCUGACUUGGUGACUGCGACUGACCAAAAAGUGGAAAAAAUGCUUCUCUCCUUCAUAAAAGAGAAGUACCCAUCACACAGUUUCAUCGGUGAGGAGUCGGUGGCCGCCGGGGAGAAAAGUGUCUUGACUGACAACCCUACAUGGAUCAUUGACCCCAUUGACGGGACCACUAACUUUGUGCAUAGAUUUCCUUUUGUGGCUGUUUCAAUUGGCUUUGUCGUCAAUAAAAAGAUGGAAUUUGGAGUUGUCUACAGUUGUGUGGAGGACAAGAUGUACACGGGCAGGAAGGGAAAGGGCGCCUUCUGCAACGGCCAGAGACUGCAGGUGUCGCGGCAAGAAGACAUCACCAAAUCACUGCUGGUAACGGAGCUGGGCUCGUCCAGAACGCCGGAGACAGUGAGGACCGUGCUGUCCAACAUGGAGAAGCUGCUCUGCCUCCCCGUGCACGGGAUCCGUGGAGUUGGGACAGCAGCUGUGAACAUGUGCCUUGUGGCCAGUGGAGCUGCGGAUGCCUAUUAUGAAAUGGGCAUCCACUGCUGGGACAUGGCCGGAGCGGGCGUCAUUGUCACCGAAGCUGGUGGGGUCCUGAUGGACGUGACGGGUGGGCCGUUCGAUCUGAUGUCACGGAGGGUGAUUGCUGCAGGCAGUGAGGCCCUGGCCCAGAGGCUGGCCAGGGAGAUUCAGGUGGUGCCUCUGCAGCGGGACGACGAGGAUUGAGCCUCAGCCUCCCUGCUCCGCCUCGGCCGCUGCUGCCGGACUUGCUGCGCACUGGAGGCGCCAGAGCACGAGGGCGUCGUCUCAGCCUGUGAUCUGAGCAGCCUGAGCUGCCUUUGGUGUCGAGAUUAAAAAAUUGCUACGGUUCCCUAUUUUACUAGGACUAGGCAUGCAGGAUUCAUGAAAUGUUUUUUCAUUGUUUUAAAAUUCUGAGUGUAAGAAUGUACUUUGGGAAGAACACCUGGGCAGCAGAGGUGGGUAUCAUGUUCACCAAGAUCCGCAGUGAGCAGUUGAGCGUCUCUGAGUCUGAGCGUCUGAAAUUUUGACUGGCUAUUUAUGUACAUGAGCAUUCUUAUUUAGAAAGUCAGUUUGUUGGAAAAAACUUUUUCUUUAGAUUGAAAAGGCACAUUGUAUUGAGUUUGUAGGAAGUAUGACACAUACUUCCCAGACCCAGGUUUCCUUCUCUGCAUAUAACUUUGUCUGGUGCCACAGCGCACGGUGGCCCUGCACAGGCUCCGCACAGCCCCGCCCACUGGCCAGCAGUCAGAAGUGUGCACGGGAGCAGUGAGUCCUUUGGAGGGAGCAGUUUCUAAUGACAGCAGAUACAUGAAGCCAAGCACGCACCAUUCUGUAUUUUCACUUUGGCUGUUGAGGCAUCCUCUUAGGUUCCACGUCACCCUUCCAUGCACACCACGUCCCACACCUCCAGGUGGCGGUCCACACGGGCAUCUCCACAGUGUUUCCCAGCACUGUGUCACAGGUUCAGCUGGUCCCCAGUGUCUGCAGACCAACCUGGCUGAGCACGUGGCCAGGACAGGGCAGGCGCAGAGCCGGCCUGUUGGACGGUCGGUUCUUCCCGGUCCUUGUUUCACCUCAUUGCCUCUGCUCUCUGCUCAGUCUGUUUCAUCAAGCGCAGAAACGAAAUGGCUCCAGUGCAUAGAUACGUUUAAAGAUUACUUUAUUGCUUAGCCUUGUCCUUGGCCUGUGAACAAAUUCAAGUGCAGUUGCAGGCUGGUGGGGCCACGUGUCUGAGGGAAUGGGAGUUUCCAAGGCGGGCUCCUGCUGUUGCGGCUUCUGUGUCAGACGUGCCUGGUGCCGAGGCCUGAGUCGCUGCUGUGCGUCUGAGCUGCCGGCCACUCGCAGUGCAGCGGCUCACACUGUUCUGAGACAGGUUGUUUGUGCAGUAAAUGUAUUCUGAUUUAAGACGAUCAUGAAUAACAUUUAUUGUUAUUCAUAUUUUUCUUCUCACCCAAGGAAAUUUUUUCCACUUUUGUUCAGAUGGAGUGGGAGGGAGAGAGAGG